AUGCCUCGUCCAGCCUUUUGGCUGAAAGCCCAGGCUUUUCUGGCUCUGAGCUGUGGCGUCAUUGCAUCACCAAUCUUGGCGGAUUCUGCCCAAAAGGUCAUACAGCAUGAAGCAGAGUCGCAUCAACAGCUGCAACCGCGCAGAGUGCAGGGCCGGUUCCUGCAUAUCACAGACUUUCACCCCGAUGAAUUUUAUAAACCUCACACGUCCACCGACGACGGAAUCGCGUGCCACCGCGGCAAAGGUAUGGCUGGAACAUACGGCGCCGAACGGACAGAUUGCGACUCGCCAUUCUCACUGGUGGACGCCACGUUGCAAUGGAUAGAGGAGAACAUCAAGGACGACAUUGAUUUUGUCGUGUGGACGGGCGACUCGGCGCGACACGACAGUGACGAAGCGCACCCUCGAACCGACAAGACAGUCCUCGACAGCAACAAGGCCGUUGCGGAUAAAAUCAUCAAGACUUUUAGCUCGGACAAGGGCAAGCUCGAGAUCCCCAUAAUACCAACCUUUGGAAACAAUGAUUUCCUCCCUCACAACAUCAUGUACCCCGGUCCCAACCGCUGGUUUGCCGCGUACGGCGAGAUUUGGAGCCGCUUCAUCCCAGAAGAACAGCGCCAUUCAUUUCAAUUUGGCGGCUGGUUCCACGUCGAUGUCAUUCCCGGGAAGCUUGCGGUAUUCAGUCUCAACACCAUGUACUUUUUCGACCGCAAUGCUGCCGUAGAUGGCUGCGCGCUGCCUUCGGAGCCUGGUUACAAGCACAUGGAAUGGCUUCGUGUGCAGCUGGACCUUAUGCGACAGACGGGUACAAAGGCGAUCCUCAUUGGACAUGUCCCACCAGCGAGAACCGACAGCAAACAGAAUUGGGAUGAGACCUGCUGGCAGCGGUAUACCCUGUGGCUUCAAAAGUACCGUGACGUGGUUGUUGCGUCACUUUUUGGCCAUAUGAAUAUUGAUCAUUUCCUUCUCGGCGACACCAAGCACAUUGAUUUGAAUGUGGCUGCAGGACACACUGCGGCAGGUCGGAAUGCUCAGCGGCAGUCAAUUAAUGAAACCGAGUUUUCCGCUCAAGGCAAAGAGGAUUAUCUCCAAGAGCUGCGGGACCUUUGGGGCGAUCUUCCUGGGUCUGCCAUCAAGGUGUUUGACGAAGUAGAGCAAGAGGAUGUCGACUUUGAUGCCACCAAGAAGAACAAAAAGAAGAAGAAGAAGAAGGGCAAAUUUAGAAAAAUUGGAGGAAAGUAUGCCGAACGGUAUCAGCUUGCCUUGGUCAGCCCGAGCGUUGUGCCAAAUUACUUUCCGACUAUGCGAGUGUAUGAAUACAACAUGACGGGACUGGAACAUGCUGCCGUUUGGCAGGAGAAGCCUCACCAGAUACAGCCGACCGAGGAUGAAAACCUAGAGCUGCGAUCCAUUACUGUUGAAAAGAAGAAGAAGAAAGGCAAAAAGGGUAAAAAAGGCAAGGACAAGGACAAACCCAAGGACCCCAACUUGGUCAUCCCUGAAGACCCUCCUAAGGGAUCACUACCCGGACCAGCCUACUAUCCACAGCAAUUCACCUUGACAGGGUAUACACAAUACUUUGCCAACCUAACUCACAUCAACAAUGACCACCCUGAUCUAGACGUUGUCGAUGGUACCAAAUGGCGUGACGGAAACCAUGGCAACAAGAAGCCAAAACAUAAACCAGCACAGCCACGCAAGUUCCAGUUCGAGGUUGAAUACAGUACGUUUGACGACAAGCGAUUCAAACUAAAAGACUUGACGGUGCGAAGCUACCUGCAUCUAGCCUAUCGGAUGGGCCAGCGCAGUACAAAGAACAGCAUCGCCGGCGAUGUAGACGCGGAUAAGAAGAAGAACGACAAGAAGAAGAAAGAGAAGAACAAGACUUGGUUGCACUGGCUCAAGUUUGCUUUUGUCUCGACCAUUCCAAAGGACGAUUUGGAAAAGAUGUAA